AUGAUCCUUCAGAAACACUUGAGGGGUGCUGACAGGCCUUCAAAGGCAAGAAGAAGAGAUCAGGAAGAGCCUAAAAAGAAAGGGAAAAAAAAGGAGAGGGAAAGACCAAUGAAAUUGAUGAGGCAACAACCAACAAUGAGGUGCAAAAAAUGUGGCAUGGCUGGGCACAAUGCAAGAUCUUGUCAAUGCAAGAUCUUAUCAGAAAAGGAAAGAGAAAGAAAUGAACACUCAAAAGCCAAAACCAAAGCAAAGUUGAACGGAAAAGAGCAAGAGUUGCUGCUGUUGAAAGAGGUAAAAGUAAAAGGGUUAAGAUGGCCAAAGUUGGGACAGGACAAUCCUCACAUUAUCCAAUUUUCUAUUACAAUAUCACUUCUGAAACUAAUUGUUUCUAACCAUAUUUAUUUACUUCAAUCAUUUCAUAAUCCAACACUCUUGUCACCAGUGAUAAGGCAUGGAGAAGAUGAUGAUGAUCUGGAGUCAUUUUGUCAAUUCAUGGAUGAGUAUCAAAUCCCUAGAGUUGUCAAUCAGAUCAUGCCUACCCCUUACUAA